AUGGGGGACCCGGGGAUUGAGAGCACUAGCUUGGCAGACCCCGAGCUGCUCGAAAAGAUUGAUCAACUGUUUGCUUGCAAUGUCGGGGAGUAUAUCGAUAUUCCGCAGCUUGUGGUAGUGGGUGAUCAGUCAAGCGGAAAAAGCUCUGUUCUCGAAGGCUUGACUAAGUUGAGCUUCCCACGUAAUAGUGGCCUCUGCACUCGCUUCGCCACGCAGAUUAUCUUUCAGCGAAAGGCCAAUUAUGUCAGCCGAGAGAUUUCGGCUUCUAUCAUCCCAGAACCAUAUAUGGACCCAAAAGAUAAAGAGAAGCUCAAGAAUUGGCAUGCUAGUGGUCUACAGACCCUUAGCGCUGAUGGGUUUGCUGAAAUGAUGAGUGAAGUUCACAAAAUCUUAGAUCUAUCCGAUUUAAAGAGUGUUGAAACUUUUAGAAAGGCGACGUUCUCUAACAGCGUUCUGCGACUUGAGAUCUGUGGUCCAGAGGAAGAUCACCUGAGUGUGAUAGAUGUUCCAGGAAUAUUCAAAGCCACAAUUCCAGGAAUCACAACCAAAGAAGAUAUAGUGCUUGUCCGAGAGAUGGUCUUUGGUUAUAUGAGGAACCCACGGUCUGUGAUGUUGACUGUGGUACCUGCAAAUGCGGAUAUUGCCACACAGGAAAUUAUUGAAAUGGCCCGCGAGAUAGACCCGAAAGGCGAAAGGAAACUAUCUAUCAUGACCAAGAUCGAUCUUGUUGAUUUCGGAGCCCAGAACAGAGUCAUAGACUUGAUCGAGAAUCAAAUGGCUAGUGGGCAGCUUGGUUGGGUGGUUGUCCGUAAUUUAGGGCAACAGGAGCUUGAUGACGGAAACAUCGAAAGGGACAUUCUAGAAGAAAAAUGGCAUCAAACGUUUCCUUGGAACUGUAUAUUGUCCGAAAACUUCGGCAUAAAGGCUUUGCAUAUGCGACUACGGGAGGUUCUCACACUACGUGUCAGAUGCACAUUUCCAUUGGUACGCUCAGAGAUUACUAAGAGACUCAGAGUGGCACGAAGGGACCUUGAAUCCCUGGGAACAGAGCGAAAAACUCCAGAGCAGCAGCGUAUGAAACUUUUGGAUACUGUCUCAUCUUUUGAAAACAUCACACAGAUGGCACUUACUGCAAAUUAUAGUCUAAAUGACUUCUUUGAUACGGAUCAAGAUGUUCGCUUGGCAACCCUUGUCUCGAACAGAAACGUCACAUUUUCAGAUCAAGUUUGGACAUGGGGGCAUGAAUUUACGUUCACCGGAGUGCUCUCGGAGGACAAAGAAGUGCCAAAGAACCAGGUGACCGAAGAGUCGCCAGAGUCAGCCGAGGAAUCUCAACCAGUUAACCAUUGUAUCUUUGGUUUUAUCUCAAGUCGCGAGAUUCAAGGUGAUGAAGACGUACAGAAUAUUCUAUACGAUGCUUUUGACCUCCCCAAAGCUAAGCAGGGAAUUUCGGCGUGGAUAGACACUAUUUAUCUUGAGUCUCGUGGGUUUGAAAUCGGCACUUUUAACUACAUCUUGCUGUCGUCCUUGAUGAAGAAACAAUCUACAAAAUGGACCGCCCUAGCGCAAGGCUUUAUAAGUGAUAUUAUCGCCAUAGUCCAUCGUUUUAUCCGGAAGGCUCUGCUGGCUGCUUGCGGAGAUAUCAAGAUGUCAACUAAAAUUCUCGAUCGUUUAUGGGAUGAAUUGACUGGAAAAUAUCGACAGGCCCUUUCUCAAAUCGACUUCCUGUUGAAGAUUGAACGUGAUGGAACACCAAUGACUUUGAAUCAUUAUCUCAACGACAAUCUCGAAAAGUGCCGACAAAAAAGACUCAAAGAUGUGGUAUCCUUGAAGCGUUACAUUGACAGUCACAAAAAUGAAGUAAUUCGAGUCAGCGAUAUAUCAUUCCAUGAUAACAUGAGCAACACCAAGCACACCACUCAAGACCUUCAUGACAUUCUAGAGGCGUACUAUAAAGUUGCCCGGAAAAGAUUUCUUGACAAUGUGUGUAUGCAAGGAGCAGAUCAUUUUCUUGUCAAUGGUCAAGAAGCUCCCAUGAAGCUAUUCUCGCCAUCUUGGGUCAAUAGUCUCUCAGACCAGCUCCUGGAGGAGAUUGCUGGGGAGGACAACAAAAUAAACCGGAGACGAGUACAGCUGCAGAAAGAAAUCACCGAUCUAGAAGCUGGAAGGAAGAUUGUUUUAAGCUAG